UGAUACAUAAUUCACACACCAUAAAAUCCUACCAGUUAAAUUGUCCAAUUCAAUGAUUUUUAGGCUAUUCACAGGGUUGUGCAACCAUCACCACCAUCUAAUGUUAGAACAUUUUUGUCCCCCAAAAAAUUCAACUACUGAUCAGCCUCUCUCCCACGGACUCAGCAGCCGCCACUCCUGUCUCCAGACGCCCCAAUUCUGGGCAUUUCCUAGACAUGGAACCCGAAAACCGGUGGCCUUCUGUGACCGCUCCUCACUGAACACCGGUUUCCAAGGUCACUUCGUGGUAGGAGUGCGGGUCACCCCUCUUGAGGCUGAGGCUCCAUCCUUAGAACGCCCCGCUGCGCUCAGCAUCUUCUGUUGAUGGACAGAAGGGCGAGCCCCGCCCUCCCCGCACUAAAGGUGGAGUUGGGGUGUGUGGAAGUUGAUGUUUCACUUUGCGUGGAGCUGCCCGGCAGCUUCCAGCUCCCACGAGCCGGGAGUGAGGCUCCAGCGUUGCCGCCUCCUGGCCAGUCUGUGAUUCUCGCUGGGUGGGAGUGGGAUCUCCAGCGUGUGAUGUGCCUUCUCCUGACUGACCAUAUUGGGCGUCUCUGCAUGGGUGGCCAUUUCGGUUUCACAAACACGUCAGGCAGCCCGGGCGGCCAUGUGCUGUUUGUUGCUCAGCUGGGCCCCUGGAACAUCGGGGUGACCCAGCCGCGCAACCCUGGCCACAGAGCUUCCAGUCCACAGGGGUACAAAACAGGUGCCUGGGGGGUCACUUCAUGGCUGGCCUGCAGCGGGUCCCAAGCCCCAGGGCGAUGACGAUGCCCCUCGGAAGGCGGCGCCGCCCUCACCUGGCCCUCAGCCCCCGGCGCCGCCCCGCCCAGGAAUCCCGGCCGCGCAGAAGUUUCCUGGCGCGCAGCGUCGGGCAUCAGUCACUCCCCUCGCAGGCGGCACGCGGGACCGCGGGGCCCACCCAACGCCCAGGCCCCUCUGUCGGCCCAGGGUCCACAUGGACGCGCGGGGACCCGAAGCUCCGGGCGGGGACGCGCUGCGGGACGCAGCAGAAAAUCUAUUCCAGGAACUUCAAGAACAUUUUCAAGCUCUGAUUACAACAUUAAGCCUCAGAAUGGGAGAAAUGGGGACCCGAAUCGAAGACUUACAGAAGAAUGUGAGUGACUUAAUGGUGCAAGCUGGGAUUGACACUUCGGUUAACGAACAAGCGACCUGAAGACAGCAGACUAGUUGCUUGAAAAUGUGAUAAAUGAAAAGUGUUCUUUUUGAGGAAUAAUCUACAUGACCUGAGUUCUGAUGUUUAGUAUUUAAUUUAAAAAUUCAUUUAAGUAAAGUGAAUGGCUGAAAGAACAAAGGCAAUCUGAUGAGUGUAAUCCAAAGUCGAUGAACCACUGAAGACGUAGCUGUUAAAUGGCAGCGAGUUUCCACGCUCACCUAAUUCUCGUAAAUCAUGGAGGAAACACACAAAUCUCUUUCUGAAUUAAAUUCUGCAAAGAUCUCUUUUAACAAGAUCAUAGGCAAUUUUCGGACAGAAGUUGCUUUUUAAAUAACUGCAUUCCUACCCUACAUUUCCAGUCGCCGUUUUGGGGAAGACUCGUUUUAAUCUGUCCAGUUUAACAUUCUGAUAGCAGUGUUCUCCAAACCAAAUGAAAACCAAGAAGGCAGGUGACCCAGGACCUCUGCGUUACUUCCUGGGUCUCCCUCACCCUCCCUCCCUAUGGAGGUAGUUAGCAAUCAGGUCUUUGUAGGUUAUGUAGAAAUGCUGUCAAAUAACUGUCCAACUCCCCUCUCUCCAAGCCAGAGUAAAAUAAACCUGAUCACCUAAAAAUGGAGUCAGUUAGAGGUUCUCAUUGUAAAAAAGAACAUUAUUCCUGCAUAGAAAACAAAUCAUACUCUUCAUUCAAAAGUGAGUCACUCAUAAUUACAUAAUUUUUUUUAAACACUUAGUUUUUGGUUUUUUUAAAGAUUUUUUA